UGGUCCGUCAUGUUGGUGGUCUUAUUUUUCAUAAGUGUGUUUCCGAAUGUAGAUUAUCGUGCACGUCAUGUUUCGUGAGCUCGUGCAAGAAUCAUAAAAUCUGCAUAACAUAGAGUGCAUAUAGUGUGUGAUGGAAGUGAUUUUAUAUUGGAAACCUAUGUAACCACGCUCUUAACCAGGGCUUACUCGAUGUCUAUACGGUUCACGUGAUUAUGGUGGAGUUUCUAAGGCGCUCAUUGAUAAGGAAGUACAGCUCGUUGCUUACAGCUGAUUGAAGUCCAAGAAUCGAGCAACGCCGGAAAUCUUUAUUUUCCCGAUGUCGUCGUCGUUGCGCUACGAUCUUAACAGUGGCUCUCAGGAUGGAAUACACGAGCAUCCUGUGGGUAUGGUAGGCGGUACGAGGAAAAGCGCACUAAACGCAAUUGGCACUUCCGGUGAGGGCGAGCUGUUUAGUAACAUGAUGAUGGAGGCCGACUUUAGCAUAAGAAAAAGGCGAGUUUGGGUUCCCGAGCAGGAUUCGCUUGCCUCCGAAGACAUCGAUCUACUCGAUGACGAUGAUGAUCUGGAGGAGGAAGAGGACGACGGUGUUGGCUGCCCGUUACCGUCAACGCCUGAAGAUAAUCAACUGCUUGAAGCGGAAAUGACCGAAGUCCUGAAGGCAGGCGUCCUCUCCGACGAGAUCGAUCUCGGAGCGCUCGCGCAUAAUGCGGCCGAGCAGGCGGAAGAAUUCGUGCGCAAGGUUUGGGAAGCCUCCUGGAAGGUGUGCCACUUUAAGAACCUUCCCUCGUGGCUGCAGGACAACGAUUUCCUGCACAAGGGUCACCGACCGCCGCUGCCCUCGUUCAGCGCCUGCUUCAAGUCCAUCUUUCGCAUCCACACCGAAACGGGCAACAUCUGGACGCAUCUGCUCGGCUGCGUCAUGUUCAUCGGAGUCGCCGCUUACUUUCUGACGCGUCCAGCGUUCGAGAUUCAACUGCAGGAGAAGUUGAUCUUUCUUACCUUCUUCAUUGGCGCCAUCAUUUGUCUUGGGUUUUCGUUCGCCUUCCACACGCUUUGCUGCCACUCGGAGAUGGUGGGAAAGCUGUUUUCCAAGCUCGAUUAUUGCGGAAUCGCUCUUCUAAUUAUGGGCUCGUUUGUUCCGUGGCUGUACUACGGUUUUUACUGUCAUUACAAACAUAAACUCAUCUACCUGACCGUCGUCAUCGUAUUGGGCAUUACCUCCAUCGUCACCUCGUUGUGGGACAAAUUUUCUCAGCCCAACCUGCGACCGCUUCGAGCAGGAGUGUUCAUGAGCUUCGGCCUGUCUGGUAUUAUCCCGGCGAUACAUUACGUGCUGAUGGAAGGUUGGGUGAGCAAAAUCUCUCAGGCUAGUCUCGGGUGGCUGAUCCUAAUGGGUUUGCUGUACAUUCUGGGCGCUCUCUUCUACGCUCUUCGUGUCCCCGAGCGGUGGUUCCCGGGAAAGUGUGAUCUCUGGUUCCAGUCACAUCAGAUCUUCCACGUGUUGGUGCUUGUUGCCGCCUUUGUGCACUACCAUGGCAUCAGCGAGAUGGCCAUGUACCGCGUGACGGUUGGCGAGUGUGACAUUCCACACCAGCACCCGGCGAUCAGCUUCUAAGACCCCCCGUUCUCUAUCCGUGGCGAGCAAGCUAUUGGCCUUUGAUACAAAGGAGACCUCUUUCCGGAAGCAUUAAUGUUACUUAACAGCCUCUCGAAUUGAGUACCGAUGAUCAGAGCCGAGGAAUCACUUUCAGAAGUAUAGUGGCUGCUAGGGAAGAUUUCCAUUGUUGCUUAAUUUAUUGUCAUAUCCUUCUCUUGGCUUGCUUCUAUUCAUUUGUCUAUUGAUUUAAUUCUGAUAUUUUUUCACACAGAACAAGAACCGAAUCCUUAUGUUUCUUCCUUGCGCGUUAUUAGAUUUCAUAAAGGAUCAUUGUUUUUUUUAUAAUGAGCAGAACAAAUGUUCUCUUAUCGGCGUUUCCUUAAUUAAUUACUUGCAUCACUAUUGAAUUUUUUUUAUAGCCGGAAUCCCGUAGCCAGGAACUUAGGGACUCGUUUACCAGAAGACCGGGUAGAAAAAAUAAGGUGUAAGGUGUGCGACAGCCGGUGGAAACUAGUAAUUCUUAGAUAAAACCAAACCAUAGACUAUUUUAGGUACCGUAAGCAACCACAAAACACGGCUUCAUCAAAAGUAAAGGGAAUUUAUUUUGGUUCUUUGUUUUGUUAGUUUUUUUUAAAUUAAUUAAACACAAUCCAUAAGUCCAUUACGAUCUAUCGCCUUUCACGAGCCUUUCACCUUGAGCUCUUGUUGCGAGGGUUAUUUGCGAGCUCGAUUAUAAUUAGGCGAGCAAAUUAAAACUCGUCUGAAGUAUCGCAAUAUUAUCAAUGCCCCAGCGAUAGUGUUUUUUCCCAAUACAAAAAAUGGACGUCCUAUCGGUUCUACUUGUCACAUUGCAUCUAAUUUAGUUUCACACACGCGCAGGCAGCACCAAGCAAACUGUUUUCAUACACAACAAGCAAAUAACUCCAAAUUCAACAGUCGCACAUAAAGGACAUCCUAAACAUAGCAACAACAAAAACAAACGAAAAAGACACACAUCAUAAGGGGACAAACAUACAAAAGUUGUUAGUUGGGAAAUUUGGGAAAAUUUCACGUUCGUCGAAAGCUUGCGAUAUGUCGUCGGCAGAUAUAAAAAGAUAACAGAGUAACGACUGCGAAGUAACGGUGGAAAUAGGUUGCAUUAUAGGAACAGAUGGGGAUGUAUGAAUUUCAACUAAAGCGAAAUAAGAAAAACUUGAUAAAAGCAAAAAAAAAAAAAACAACCUGAUGAUUACACAAUAAUAUGUACCAGAGCUCUAAAAAGAAAUUAAAA